AUGGCGUUCACACGAGGAACAUUGACAGAAAAGCAAAGGAAGCUAAUAGAGGCAAAUCGCCAAAAGGCAAAGGAACGUCUACAAAGGAAACGGGGCGAGGUGGUAACUGCUACUGCAAAGCCAGUACAACUGGAACAACCACCACAACCACCGCAACCACCGCCAUCAACACGUGCAGAACCCACAAAAACUCUCAACCAGAUUGUUAACUCGCCAGUGAAGAUAUCUUCCUCGUUUGUGAACGUGUCUGAAGAUGGAUCCCUCAAACGAGUGCGGGUUGAAUUGACCGAUGAGCAACGUAAUAGGAUCGAACAGAAUAGGCUACGCGCAAUAGAAAUACGACAGAGGAAAGAACGAGAGAAACAACAAUCGUCAGACGCGUCAGCUCCUCCAAAAGAGGGAUCGCUGAGUGAUGCACAACCACAAGAUUCCAUUCGAUUAAACAAAAACAGCCAAGAACCAACUGCGUUCAAAAGGAAGUUCGAGCCCCCACCAAUUAGAAAACAAGAUUACAUUGAAUUUGAUUUUGCUACUAUGAAAGAUUCACGGGGUGGGUUUAUCCUGGAUGACCCGAAAAACCCAGCACCGGAUCAGCAGUCUCUUGAUGAAUGGAAGGAGAAACAAAAGGAACUUCAACAGAUCAGAGAGUUGCCACCACCUAUAGAUCUACUAAAUGCCCCCAAGUGCUAUGAGUGUGGAUCAAUCGACAUUGAUGCUAACUUAAUGACCAAUUUUCAAGUUCGUGCGUGUAGAAAAUGUAUUAAAGCACACCCGGAAAAGUACUCGUUGUUAACCAAGACAGAGUGUCGCGAGGACUACUUGUUGACCGAGCCAGAAUUGAAGGAUGUCAGUUUAUUGCCGAGAAUAGAGAAGCCAAAUCCACACGGGUAUAGUCGAAUGCAAUUGUUUGUCCGUUUCCAAGUGGAAGAGUUUGCAUGGAAGAAGUGGGGAGGGCCAGACAAAUUGGAUGAGGAGUGGGAAAGAAGAGAACAGCAAAGAAUAAAGAGACGCGACAAGAAGUACCAAGACUCCUUGCGCGAAAUGAGGAAACGAACCAGGGCCGAAGAAUACACUAGAAAGUUGAGGAACGGCCAAGGCUUGGGCGAAAGACAUGUCCAUGAUUGGUCAGCUCCAGUUAGCAUUGGAGACAACACGGUGAAGCGAAGAUGCGUUGAUUGUGGUAUAGAGACCGAAGAAGUCAUUAUAUGA